AUGAGCGCAAAGAGGAGUCAAGCCCAGUCCAUCGGUAGCCCCACCUCCAGCACAGGAAACGGAGAGGGCAAUUCGAACGGAAGCGAUCAGCACCUCGACAAAAAGUUCAAGCAGGUUCACGGCGACGGCGACGGCGACGAUGACGAGGAUGAUGAUGAUGACGAGGAUGCACCCAAGAGCGGAAAACGCGCCGGUCGCCGCAAGAUCAAGAUUGAGUACAUCGAAGACAAGAGCAGACGCCACAUCACCUUUUCCAAGCGAAAGUCCGGCAUCAUGAAGAAGGCGUUUGAACUGAGCACCCUCACAGGAACCCAGGUCCUCUUGCUUGUUGUCUCAGAAACAGGACUCGUGUACACCUUCACGACGCCCAAGCUGCAACCUCUUGUCACAAAGGCCGAAGGAAAGAAUCUUAUCCAGGCCUGUCUACAUGCCCCCGACAAGGAAGCCUCACCUGAGGCUCCCGAUCAAGCAUCUCCAGAGGCAACACCAGCACCCGAAUAUGAAGAUCCUCAGGCGGCGACCCCUCAGAGUGCACCAGGAGCUUCCCAGGGGCAAUCUUCGCCCCCUCAGCCUUCACCCCAACAGCAGCAGCAGCAAUAUCAACAACAACAGCAGCAACAGCAGCAGCAACAACAACAGCAGGCACAGCAGGGACACCCUCCACCUCCACUUCAAGGGCAGCCUUCGGGAGGAUAUGGAAGUUCGUCAGCGAUGAGUGUGCCCAGCUAUCCUCACCCAUACAGCCAUAUCCCCUUCCCCUCGCAGUACAACUACCCAACAGUGGGAUUGCAUUAUCAGAACGCGCCACCUAAUGCACCACCCAACUAUGGCGGCAACCAGUACUGGUCAGGACCUCCACCUCAGCAACAACAACAGGCACCCCCACAGCAGACUCAACAACAGCAGCAGCCUGCAGCGAACACGGGACCUUCUCAAACGACGGCACAACUGAAGGGAGGACGUAAAUCCGGGAAAUAA